CAGCCUGCAGCAGCAGCAGCUCUCACUCUCAGCCCUGAAUGAGCAGCAGUGGACCCACUCAGUCCUCCUUGAAGUGUUGUUGUUUUUGUGCAGGAGCCUGACUCUGAGCAGAAUCAGACUUCAUUAACGGACAUUCAGCUGCUAUCAGACAGACAGACAUGCUACCAAAGACUCGCUUAGGGAAGCGCUCUCCUCUUGGUGCAUUGGUGAGCUCCACCUGCCCAGCAGGCCAGGAGACAGGUGAGACCAGCAUCACCAUGGCAACAGCAGCAGGACAGCAGCCCAUUAGCAGAGUUAAAGUUCACCCAGGAAUGAAGGUGUAUUUCCAGUGUGUUGGAGGAGCUGAAUCUUCAGGUGUGGUGGAUCAGCUGGAGCAGAGUGACCUGUCAGUGUCUCCGUCAUGCAACAGAUCUGUCUCUUCCUGCAUCGACGUCCCUAGAAGUCAGAGGAGUCCAGAGGAGGUGGACAUGGAUGAGCUGAUGGCAGCAAUGGUCCUCAGCAGUUUGUCCUGCAGCCCCCUGCUGCAUAGCCCCGCCCUCAAAGACACACCAGCUCCUCCGAUGGACUGUGGAGGCGGCGAGCUCUCAGACAGCGGCAGCAGCGGCUACUGGAGCGUUGGCCACUGCAAUGGAAGCCCCGCCCCCUCUCCACCAAUAACAGAGCCCGCUGUGAGCCCUGCUACACCCUCUGAUGAAGGCCUGGACAUGGAGCUGGAGCAGGUUCUGUUUGAUGAGCCAGCACCUCGUAAACGCAGGAACUCGGUGAAGUCAGCAUACAAGUGUCUGUGGCCAAACUGUGGGAAGGUGCUGACCUCAGUGGUGGGAAUCAAACGCCACAUUCGGAUAACACAUCUGUGUCGUGGUGGCGAACACGAGCGUUGUUCCCGCAGCGAGGAGGAUUUCUACUACACUGAGAUCAACCAAUGGGAUCAGCAGCAGCAGCAGCAGACUCAGCCUCUCCUGUGCAGCCCCGCUCCUGCCUCACCAACAUCCUCCUCCUCCUCACCUCCGAGCCCUCCUCCUCCGUCUCCGCCAUCUCCACCUUCUCCUCCAGGCUACAACAGUCUGAGUCGCUCCGCCCCCUCCACCCCUGGCAGCCUGUGGCAGGUCCAAUCAGAGCACUCCUACCAGGCUCCAGUCCCGAGUCUUGUGAUGUCAACAGCAGUUCCAAACACCGCCCCCUGUCGCUGGACGGCCACGCCCACCACUUGUGUCCGACCUGGUCUGACGUUUCGGGUGCGAUCAGUCAGCGUAGGAGAGCAGUGGCUGCAGCAGCAGCACAGCACCCCUGGGAGGAGGAUUCGUGGUGAAGCCAAGAAGUGUCGCAAAGUUUACGGCAUCGAGCACAGAGACCAGUGGUGUACGGCCUGUCGCUGGAAGAAAGCCUGUCAGCGCUUCCUCGAUUAAAGACGAGGAGGAACAAAAAAAGACUGAAGCAGGCUGUGGAAAUCAGCCUCACCUGGUGGAUGUUUUAUACUUUCUUACAUCAGACAUACUUUUCCCUAAUUUUUAUACUCUUUUUACAUCAUCUAGAAGUGUCUUUUUUAUGUUUUAUGUGUCUUUUGAAUGUAUUUUGUAGAUGUCGUGUCCUGUCAGUGCAGCUAUUCUGAUUAUGAAGCAGCCAAGUGAGAAUUUUUUGUUGUUGCGUCCGGCUGACUUCACUAAGGUAUUCUCAGUAAAACCAGCCAGAGACGCCAGGAUCCAAAUGUGCUUUGUUUAUUGUCCGACUCAAAAAUUUUCAUUUUUAUGUAGCAGGUCAUUUCUGCUGGGUUCUCAUGCCGAGUUGAGAGGAGAAAAAAUUGAGCUAUAGGUAAACUGUAAAAAGUAUACAAAGCAUCCCUGAUGUUCUUAAGUUUUCAAGCCUCAAGUUUUUCCAACUGUAUCAUGGAUUUUUAGAUGACCUUAAGAAGUCAUCAAAAAAGAUGAACACUUUUUCAGUACCACGCUUAAGAACAACACAAUCUCAGUUAUUAAACGUUCGGUGGUAUUCCAGAGUACUGAAGCUAACUCCAUAGCUGAUACAGAGCUGCUGCAACAGAACACUGCAUUGAGCUGCCACAGUGACCAUUAGAAGAAGUACAGCUUUAAGGUACUUCUUUAUUUUCCAUCCUAAAGCUGGCUGUAAAACAUCACUCUAACAAGGAGCGGGUAGUGUGGUAUUAAAUCUAUCACAAAGAGUAUUAUCAGAAGUAUUUGGUGAAAAUAUCUCACAGCAUUCCUGAAUCAAAUUCAGUGCAGCCCUGAUCUCAUGAGGCAGCUAAAAAUGUUUAUAAGAACCUGUAAAUAUAAAAGAAAUCCCUCUGGACAUGCUGCAGAAUAGUUUAAUAACUUUGCCUCUAAAUCCUGUAACCUAACUAAGAUUUAUACAUAUAACUAACAUAAGUGUCAUAUUUCAAUAUUUUUUUUUUUACAUUAUCUUAAUGUAGUUUGAGCUUUCGCUCUGGCUCUUUACAUGGCAAAGUCUCAUUAUAUCUUCUGUAGCUGUUAAAUAACACUGAGUUCAAAUUUGUACAACAGCUGGAUGUAAACAGGAAAAGUGAAAGAAUAAUUUGGAUUUUUGCUGCUGCUUUCUGAAUAUUUACUGUUGAUGUUGUUAUGAUUAUGCUCACUUAAAGUUUGGACCUACUGGUGCUAAAAAGGCCACUUGAUUCAUCUGCAGUUUGUAAAGAAAUGACUCUGGAGCGUCUGAACCUUGACACAACAAAUCAAGCUUUAAGGUGCUAUUGUCUCCAUUUUCACAAGAACUGAUGGAACAUUUAAGGCCUCUUAUUUGUUUAUUAGCACUUUAUUUUCACCUUCCUCAUAACUAUCUACAAAAUCAGCAAUCUAACAUGUAGAAAUUAGUCAGCACACACUGUUUUUGUUGACAUGUGGUGCAAAAACCUACAUUUAAGAAAGUGUAUUUGUCUAAUUUUUGUCAAAAGUAUCUCAUUAUACUUAAUAUAAACAUACAAGUUGACCCAACCACCUUUUUUUAGAUGUACAGAAUAUUAUAUAUGAAAUUUGCCAGUCAUAUCCCCCAAAGGGGGGGGGCUUGGGAAUCAAAAGCUACUAAAUGAAUUGGUCAACGGACAGAAAUUUUUAUCAAAUAGAGUGAAAUAAAAUAAUGGGGGUACCCUGCUUCUCCCUUAAAAAUGUCCAAAUGGCGGAGCACGCUGGUAGUCGGUUGGUUAAGGCGCGCACCAUGUACACGGAUGGCCCCGGUUCAAGUCCAGCCUGUGGCACCAUUUCCAGCAUGUCUCUUCCCUGUUUCUGAGUCUAUCCACUGUCCUCCUCUAUCUUAUAAAGGCCCAAA